CUUUUGAAUUCAGUGGGCCUUACUUCUAGGUGCCAGAUCUACCAAUAUGCUUGCUUCUGGUGAUGGCUACCAAAACACUGCAUUCUUGAAGAUGAAGAAUAACUGUCAUUAAAAGAGAACUCGGAGGAAAGCACAUGAGACUUUCCCCUACAGCCAGAUGCCUUCAAGACUUCCUUAGCUGAAGGGCGGGGAGGGGGGAAAUCCCCAACCAUCUGUUUCCUGAGUUAACUGUACACAGUUAUAGGCAUCAUCUCUUUCACUUCUGUUCACUUACCUUCUGAAAACAGCAAAUCUCAUUUACUACUGCUGCAUGGCCAUGGCAUCCAUAUAUUGCUAUCAGCUUGUCUUCCUAAGUCAAGUCUGGCAUGUGGUUCAUGGGGUUGCUGAUGCCACAGAACAGGUUGUGGCAGCAUGUGGGAAAGAUGUGUUGCUUCCUUGUAAACAUUUUCAGGAGCAACAAGUCACAUAUGGAGCCAUCUCCUGGUAUAAGAUUGGUGAAAACGGUGAAGAAUGGAAGGAACUGCAAUAUAAUAAGGAACAUGAAUAUUCAAGAGAACUUAAUGAAACCUUAGAGGUCUCUAAUGGAACCCGGCAUUCUCUGAAGAUUACAAAUACUACAAGUCACAACAGUGGGACAUAUAAAUGCAUCAUAAGGUCACCAGUUAAAGAAUACAUCCAAAGUAAUAAGGUUACAUUAAAAGUAACAGACUGUCCUGAAGAUGCAAACCUUCAAAAAUACAGAACGGAACUUGUGUUGUUGUGCUCUCUUGGGUUUUUUUACUUGCUGCUCAUCUUCUUUACUUGUGUAUGCAUAAAGGAUGAUGCAUUUUCAAAUUAUCACAAAUCAAGAGAGAAACACAUUGACAACAGACAUUGCCCCAUCAGCACCUGUUGAAAGGAUGCUUUCCAGUGCCCAGUAUGGAACAGCUUUGGCAAAGACAAACUUAUUCAAGGAUCUGUCCAGUUGAUUUUGUUGAGUCCACUGAAAACUUGUCAAUAGUGAUAAUAUCAAGAUAGUUGGAUGAUAUAGACAUUUAACACAUGUUUUCUCCACAUCGGAGGAAUCUGAAAGUCUGAAAUAUUCACUUCAGGUGGGAUGGUUUUCAGAGAACAUCGUUUCAUUCACAAUUUUAUUCACUACAAUAUGAACAUUUAUCAGUGACAAUACCAUUUUCACAGAAGAUUACAGUCCUAAUAUUGGGAUCUUCUCUUGUUUAUAUAUCCUAAAUCUGACUUUCAAGUCUUUGUUCUUAAUAUGCAAAAAUGUGCUAUGGAGUAGGCUUGUCACUUUUACCUGGCAAAUAAAUUAUUGACUGAACCAUUUACUUCCAAAUAUAACCAAAUACAAUAGCUGCUGCCAUACUUAUUUUUCAGACAGUAAUGCAUCUGCAAAUGAUUGAACAGCCAAAGAAUGGGAGGAAACAUUACUGAAACCUCUGUCUCAAAUGUACAGUAUGAUAACCUAUGUUUGCUUGUGUAUAUGUUUGAGACCAUCAAGCAAACUGAAAAUUAUAAGUGUGCAGAGAAACAAUUUCUUAGAAGAAUCUUUCUAAAAGAAAAGGUAUAUAAAUAAUCCUGUUUGUGAAACAGAGAGGGAUGAAUGCUAAAGAAAUUUGUUUAAGAGGCUUUUUCCAGGACAUAAACUCAGAUGUAGUAUGACAUUGCAUUAUGGAAGGCUAUGAAGUAUGUUUUGCAAAAACACACUUCAUGGUUAUUGUGAUCUGGGAAAAUGUUGAAUCAACAUAGAGGCAGGAAAAAUAAAAGUUCAAAUAUCUGUACUUAAAAGGAGGUAUUUUAUCUUGAGCAAAAUACCUCAUUUGCUCAAUUAUUUUUGUAGUAAUGGUAACAUCAGGGUCACCACCACCAUCACCUUUUCAAAUUCUGUUGAGUGUAUUUGCUUGACUACAGUAAUCAUAAACAGUAGUUACAGCUUGUGCAGUAUAUAUGAGCAGGUUGUUCACAUGGUAUUACAGAUAGGAGAAUCAGCCAAUAAUAAAUGCCCCUAAAGUAAUCAUAAUACUCACCUGAUUAGUUCCUCUGAAAUUAUAAAUAUUACUAAUAAGGAAAAAUAUCUCAUGAUUUUUCCAUUUCCCUGGAUUUAACACUUGCAUACUUUGCAAAAAAUUGAUCUCAAGAGUUCUUAUAUUGAGGUCAGUUCAUGGAAGAUUUCAUAACCUAUGGAUGUAUUUGUCUAAAGUAGAACUGUCACUUAGCUGAUGGGUAAUUGUGUGAGUUUUAACAAUUAAGUAAGUGAUUACAUUUUUAUGAAAUCAUACAUGAUUAAAA